AUGGAUAGCAGCGAUCAUGCGCCUGUAUCGAAGGAGAGCGAGCGCAACGACCAUGUGAUUGUAUCGAGGCCGAGUGAGCCCAAUGACCAUGUGCUUGUAUUGAAGCACGUGCCGGCGACGGCGAGCCAGGAAGUGCUGGAUCGGCUGCUGCAGCGGUUCGGAGCGGUGGAAGUGGUUAGCAGGAGCAAGGGAGUGGUAUAUGUGCGAUUCAAGGCGCAAAGUGCGGCACUUACAGCCAAGAAGCAACUACACGGCAUUCGCAUGGGCAGCAACGUUCUAUCAGCUCAUUACUUCCCCCCCGCUCAUUCCGCCAACCACAAUGAACCGCACACCACGCCUGGCAACCCUGCUCGUGCUGCUGCGCCCACCCUUCCCUCCGCUCCUGUUGCUACUGGCGCUAACUUGCAUAGCCAUGAUUCGACCUCUCAACAGCAAGAACCACGCAUUAAGUUACCACAAUCAUCAUCACAGCAACCCUCUCCACUGUUGCUAUCCUGCCCGACUUUUGAGUCGACUCAAAAGUUACCACAAUCGUCAUCACAGCAGCCCCCUUCGCCAUCACCCUCCUGCCAUCCGCCAUCCCCCUCGGACCCCUCUCUCCGCCGCCUAGUUCAUGCCCUCAUGGCGUUCAGCGAGCAGGAGCACUUGGUUGCUCAAAGGCGUGAAGGAGAGGGAGCAGCAGCAGGGCGUGAAUCAGAGGACAGCAGCAGUAGCAGCAGCAGCAGCAGCAGCAGCAGCAGCAGCAGGACAGGAGAAGGUGAUUGUGAGAGAGGAGGCGACGGGACAAGAGGAGGGAGCGAGAGGCGGACUGGAAGCAGCGAGGCAAGAGCAGGGAUCAGGGGCGAAAGGGAAGAAGGGAGUGGAAGAUAG